GUGACUGUUUUGCAGUGCGGGGUCGUUCGCCGGUGCCUGGGCCAUGAAUGGGGUUCUCAUCCCAGGCACACCCAUUGCAGUGGAUUUUUGGAGCAUCAGGAAAGCCAGCCAUGCUCGCUUGUUCUUUCUCUCCCACAUGCACUCUGACCACACAGUGGGUUUAUCCAGCACCUGGCACCGGCCCAUCUACUGCUCCCCCCUCACGGGGCGAAUCUUGCACCACAGGCUGAAGGUGGCAGAGCGCUGGAUCUGGCCCCUGGAAGUGGGGCAGAGCCACCUGGUAGCCCUUGAUGAGGUUGGUAAAAGGACCAUGACGGUGACCCUGAUAGAUGCCAACCACUGCCCUGGCUCAGUCAUGUUCCUCUUUGAGGGCCCCUUUGGUGUCAUCCUCUACACAGGUGACUUUCGUUACACUCCCACCAUGCUGCAGGAACCGGCGCUAAGGAACCGGAAACGAAUUGACGUUCUCUACUUGGACAACACAAACUGUGACCCCCUGGGCGACCUGCCCUCCCGCCAGCAGGCCACUGAACAGAUCAAAGAGCUGAUCAGGGCCCACCCAGAUUACGAGGUCAAGAUUGGGGUCUACAGCCUGGGCAAAGAGUCACUCUUGGUGGAUUUGGCCUUAGAGUUUCAGACCUGGAUUGUGGUGAGUCCCAAGAGACUGGAGCAGAUGAAAGUGCUGGGCCUGGUGGACGUCUUCACUGCUGAGGAGGGGGCUGGCUGGAUCCACGGUGUGGACAUCUCUGAAAUCUGCUGGGAAGCCAUGAUCAGCUGGAACCAGCAGCGCCCCACCAUUGCCAUUCUCCCUACCAGCCGCCCAGUGAAGAUCCCCCACCGCAGUGUUCACCUCGUGCCCUAUUCAGACCACUCCUCCUUUUCAGAGCUGCUGGAGUUUGUACAGUGGGUGAAGCCCUGCUCCAUAGUUCCAAUUGUCAAGAGAAACGUGUGCUUGCCAUACUUUGAGAAAUACCUGAGCUCUGACCACAAGGGGUCACCUGAGCCCGGGAUUCCAGAUUCUGGGCAGAAGUUCACGCAGUUGAGAGAGAGCAGGGAGCAGCAAAGAGCCACCCAGCAGCCUGUGCCUAGGAAGGACUCCUUUGCAUCCCCAGAGACACAUACAAACUGGCUGGAGCAUUUUGGGGAUGUGACGAUUAGCCAGCAGAGCUCCUCAGAGCAGCCUAGGGACCCCAACACCCAUUCACAAGGCAGCUUUGUGUGUUGCAGGGGCGAGAGGAAGGGAAUCAAAGCGGAGUUAUGCCAGCUGCAUGGUGCCCAGAAGCAGCUUUUUUCAGCACAGCCCAAUACACAGACACCUGCCAGAACGCAGCCACUGCUGCCCAAGGACACCGGUGCCCGGACAUCCCAAAUCAGCACAAAGGACACAGCACAGCCACACAGAAGUUCUUUAUCCUGGCAAAAAGGGAAGAAACACGCCAGCCCAUGCCAGCCUCCCCUGGGGGACUGGGCCCCCUUAACGCUGGCCUCCGUGCAGAAGAAGGCAGCUCUCCCCUCACACAAACAGAGUUUAAUCUGCCUGCAGACUGAGAAAUUUCUUUCCCCAGGAGCAGCUGGUGACCCUGUCACCUUGGCCAGCUGGUCCCCUGUGGCCAGCAGUCAUGUUGCCUGUGGGCUUGCGGAGGAGUAUUUGCUUGCUCCAUUAAACACCCUAAAGCAAUACUCUGCAGAGAGCUUUGACUGGCAGAUUGAAAACUAUUUCAGGAGAGAGGAUGGGCUCUAACAGCCAGCGCCUGUGGAGCUAGCAGCAAAGGUCCUGUUCUCCCAAGUGUUGUCAGUGUGUGCUGUCUGCCAGGGCUGCUCUGAGCCAGCCAACAGGAGAUGGCCCAACUCGGGGCUUUACGCUGAAAGCUUCCCUUCUGUUGCCUGAGAGGAGAAUGGCAGAGUUUGCAGCAGCUCCUAGACUCUCUCUUUUUGUUUGUUUGUUGAACAUUCUAAAAUUGCAAGUUUGUUGUGUCAUUACUGGCCACAGUACGGGGAUAACUCCCAAGUACUAUCUGUGACCCUGUCUGUGUCCUGGGGUGUCACCCUGGCACUCAAGCAAAUGCAGAUCCCAGGAGGACACUGUGUUCGGUACACCUUAUGGCAAAGGGAAUUGGAAUGGUUCCAGGGAGAUGAGCCGUAGGGGGUGUGAGCUGCCGGGCGUGACUGCAUUCAUGUUCCUAUGAGAGGAGAGAACCAUUCUCCUGCUUGACAGUAAAACAAGAAGGAAGUUGGAGAGUCCCAUCCUCUCCCUCCUGCUGUUUGCAUUCCUAACUGCUGACAGGGAUUGGUGUGUGCUCAGCUAUCCUAGCGGCUUGGGAGCUUGUUUUAAAGAGACAGUGAAGUGAAGAGUUUUCAGGCCUCUCUGGAUCGCUGUCAGGCUAUAUUUAGAGACACUAACAUCACAGGCUUGUGGGAGGCUCUUCCUGGCAACACAGCUGCCGUCCCAUCCUGAUUGGGCCAGCUUUUGGUUGGAGCUGUAAAUGCUCUGUCCUGUGGGCAGGAGGAAUUCUGUAAAUUCCAAGGACUUGGGUCUCUGGUGCAGUUUGUUGCAUUGUCUGGAGUGUCUACGUUCAUUUGUGAACUGUUGUUUCUUCUCCCUCCAGCCCUUGAUCCUUGUGCCCCAUAUCAGUGAGUCAGACCAGAGCGACAGCGUCCAGCAGUGUGCAAACUCCAGGCACCUUCGCUGGGUUAAAAGUUACGGAGUGUAUGGCUCUUUCAGUGCUGCCAAUGUUAGCCAUGCCGCGUUCAAGAUGAGAAUGUGCUCGCUCUCUUGCUGGCUUAAGCUAGAUUCUGAAGGAAGCGAUCACCACCUUUCGGUUCUGCUGAGCUGGAUGUAACCAGCUUCGCUCUCCUUGGUGUGGGAUUUAGGGACAGCUUAGCUCAGCCGACCUCAAGGUGGUCUUCUGUGGGCAUUUCCUUUACUUGUACCUGCUUGGGCUGGUGGCACCUUUCUAGUUUUCCUAGAUAAGUGUUUGACCUGCUGCUUUGUGCCUGUGCAGCAAUGGGUGGGAUGCGGGGGAGGGGGCAGCCUUCAGGUUCUUAGGGAGCUACUUCUAGCCCAAUAGGGUUGAGGUCCCAGACAGGCUGUCCCCUGGCGAAAGAGCUUUGCUGCCACCCCCACAUUGACCCCCUGUACGAGUGCAGUGAGGGCUCAGCAGAAUGGCUGCCUGCCCAAAAAAUACCCUGCCAUGGGCACCGACACAUCUGCUGGACGCCAGGGAAAGAUGUGUCCUUCAGAGCCACUGGAAGCCCUCCCAGGGCCCCCGUAAUUUUGUUGUCCAGUUGCUCCUGGCUGUACAGAAGGAGGCUGCAGCACUGGCUUUCCCUCCCUGGUGCCUGAGGAGAAUCUCGUGAAUUGCUGUGUCUGUGUUAAGCUCUGAAAAUGUGUGGAGAAAAGUGUUAUUUAUACAAAACUCAAAUAAACCAAGUUGAAAAAAUCUGGCUCCUGUGCUGCUGUCUUGGAGCUGGUAUAAUCAUCCCGUCCCGUCCUGGCUUCCUGUUGUUCUUGGGGAGGCACAAAGAUGCAGGCAGCCUGAGUACUGUUGGAUAAUUUCUGGUUGUUCAGUUAACCAAGCCCCAUGAUCCUCGCGGUGACAGCUGAGUGUCAGCGUCGUGUUUCCAGUUGUGCGUGCUCCAGAGCCCUGGCUACGUGGUGCUGUGUUCGGCAUUCGGGGUGUGUUCUCUCAGACGGGGCUUUGGCAGGAGCAUUAAAAAACAAGUUAGGUUUACGACUAGCGCUGUGUCUGCCAGAGAGCUCAGAUGUUGAAGGAAGGAUCUUGCCAGGAUGGCUCUGAUCCCUCCCCUGCCAGCCGCCCAUACAGGUGCGGCUCGGAGUCUGCGCUGGAGUCACUGGAGACUGCGACCCACAUCAGCCUGUGAUGUCUGCGAGCUGGAUUAUAAGCACUGAACUCAGUCCACACAGAGGCUGCCCAGCAAUUUCUUUGGGGCCUUGAGGGCUGCUCCUAACCUGCAUUAAACGAGGCAGAUUGUAGCCUCAUGCACCAUGCGGUUCUGCCAUGUGGUACACACAGGCCUUUCCCAUCACAACUGGCUCUCCAUCUCUCUGGGCUGCAGGCCAUGCUAAGAUGGGAGAGGCUUGCUGUGACCAGCCCUGUGACGGAGCAGGGGAACAAACAGUGGUGUAACUCUCCAACGUGCCAUCUCGGAGGCACCACUUAUAUGGGUUCUCACGUUUGCAUGGGUUCUGCAGGCCUCCCUGCAGUGGGAUUUGGAUGCGCAUCUGGCUAGCCCUGGAUUACGUGUAUUGGACCCCAGGUGCGAGGCCUGUGGUGGUGGCUGAAUUCAGCUUUCAUCUAAAACCAAAACGUGCUCUCAUGGUUCUGAAGAAAAGUUUGAGCCCAUGACCCAUGGAGGCAGUGGGGUGAUGUUUGCCCGAGCCUGCAGGCAGCCUCCUUCGAAGGGAGGCUCAGCGGACACAAGUCUAGAGCCAGAACCAGGCAGAUCAGGCCCUUCCUGCUGAGGCAGGCCCCUGGGUGAGAGGGGUUCAGGCGAAAUGCUGAGUUUGGUGGGAUCGGCUGCUGCUUGGUGGGGCUCACGCUCCCAUUCUCCCACGGCUUUGCAGCUCCACAGAUCGGUUUUGGGUGAUGGCUCCCAUGCACCAUUCCCUUGGGGCACCAGAAUGGGGGUUUGUGUUGACUGCCCUCCUUUCAGGACAGGCUUUGCUCAGCAAUGGAACAGGUAACAAUGACAUGUUUCAAUUGUC